GUGAGCUUCCAACAGAGCGCAGCUGCUUUGCGCUGAACAACCAUGACGUUUGAGUGGUAACAGGCAGCUUCCGUCGCCCACCGCCCUCAAAGCUUCCGGUUAGAUUUGAUUCCAGGUGCACUUUCUCCCAGCUUAUUUGGCUUCUGUUAGCGGCUAUCCUGCCUGUUUGUUCCCGGCGUUAGGUGCCUCUCCUCGGCUGUUUCUCAGGAGCAGGGAUGGUGUUGUCAACGUCACAACAAGUCGCCUUGGCGUUCACGGCGGUGCUCUUCACGUUUGUCGUGCUGCCGAGGUUAUUCGGAGUAGGUGGGGGAACAGCGGCGAAGGAAACCAAAUUUGACCCUCGCUACAACAGAAAAGGUCCAGGCCCAGGUGCAUCGAGGGGUCAGCCCAGUAACGUGAACUCCCCUGGCUCCCAUCAGAGCGCUGAUAACGUCCAGCAGAUGAAGAAACGCAUGGAGCAGGAGAUGAAGAGUGACAAGUACAAGUCCAACAACAACAAAGGCUAUGUGUUCACGCUAAUGCCCCUCUAUGCCAUCGGAGUGGGAGUGUUUGCAGCUUACAAGUUUCUGAAGAUCAAGUCUUCAGAUGACAAAGCACAAAAGGACAAAUGUGCUAAAGGGGCCAAAAAGUCAGCGGAGGCAGAGAACCAAUUAAAUGAGUUGGAACAAAGGCUGGCCCAGACAGAAAGGAUGCUUAACUCUAUCCUCACCCAGCUGGACCCACUCACUAACUGUGUGAAAUCAGUUGCUCAGGAGCAGAAAAACGAGAUCAUGUCACAGCUUCAGACCAUCCGCUACCUGAUGAAGAAGAGGGGAAUGGACUGUCCUCCGCUGAACGGCAACGACAUUUCACGUGGGCGAAAUCUGCAGGAGCUGAUUGAGUCCAUCGGAGCUAGCCAGACCGCCACAGCAGCGGACACACAGCCAUCGCCUGAGACUGUAGAAGCUCCCGAGAAGGUUUACAAGCAGCCUUCUGAUGGCAAAGAUGAGGCCGCAGCAGAAGGCGAAGAAAUGAUGGAGCUCCGACCAGAAAAACCUGUUGGUGAAGAAGAGGAUGUAGAGGCAGGGGAGAUGAAAGAUAAAGGAGAAGACGAUAUGGAAGGCUUGGAGCCUAUUGAGCUCGAGUCUGCUUCAUCAUGCAAGACAGACAUUGAGGAGAUCUGUGCAGAGCAGCCUGUAAGCGGCCUCAGGCGACGUAACAGGCCUGAAUGAACUCUGUGCAAGGAGAUAGAAAUGUGAAAGUUUACUAGGAAUAUUUAUUGUCUGAAAGGUUUCCAGAGCUCAUGCAGUCAUGACAUAAACCAUUAGAAACUUAA